GCGUGCAAACUAUCCCUACUCGUUCCCCGACCGGCAGUCUUCCCUGCCGGCGGCAACCCUCGUUCGCCCAUGCGACCAACAAGUGCCGUCGAACCACUCGCCGGCACCGCAAAGCCCGCCGUGCGAUGAAACAUUCCUUCAAGACAUUAUGGAACACCUGGGAAUGGGGAUGCGGCAGAGCGAUUAUGUCCGCCGUCGCUACCCAUGUCAAUUCAAUUUCCGUAGGCAUGUGCCAGGGGUUCUCAGCAGUACUUUUACCGCAACUCCUCGACUCCAGCAGCUCGAUACUGGUCAACAACACAGAAGCAUCGUGGAUAGCUAGCCUAGGAGUUAUUUCAAAUCCAAUGGGAGCUCUAAUGUCAGGAUUUUUCAUGCAGACACUAGGAAGAAAAACGACAGUUCAGUUGACAUCCAUACCGUUCCUAAUUGGCUGGACCAUAAUUGGAUUAUCGACAAACAUAACAGUUUUAUGUUUAGGACGAUUUAUCUCAGGAGUUGCUAUCGGUAUGUCAUCGGCAUGUUACGUCUAUGUAGCUGAAGUGAGCUUAGCUAAACACCGAGGGAUCUUAUCAGCGUUUGGACCAAUUUUCGUAUCCGUCGGAGUCCUCAUUGUUUAUUCACUAGGAUCGAUCAUGACGUGGCAGAUAGUCUCUGUGCUAUGUGCUUUAACCUCAUUUUUGAGCUUCAUGGCUGUAAAUUUAACGCCUGAAUCGCCAUCUUGGUUGGCGUCGAAAGGUCGGAUAACAGACGCGGCCAAAUCACUAAUGUGGCUAAGACGGAAAUCGGCGUUAGCGGACAAAGAAUUGGUCGAGAUCUUGGAUACUUUACACGCCGACAAGAACUCAGGACCUACUCCAGCGCCAACACUAAAAGACUUCAUGGAACCCACGGUGUGGAAACCGUUCUUGAUCCUGAUAUGUUUUUUUCUCUUGCAAGAAGCCAGUGGUAUCUACAUAGUACUCUACUACGCUGUAAACUUUUUUCAAAUAGCGGGUUCAACGUUAGAUAGUAAUUUAGCUUCAAUUAUCGUUGCCCUGCUGAGGUUAAUAAUGAGCGUUACCGGUUCCAUUUGUAUCCAACACCUUAAUCGCCGCACCAUGGCCAUGACGUCCGCAACGCUAAUGGCGAUUUCGAUGGCUAUAUGUGGUACCUAUGAAUUUUUGUACAGCUCCCUACAAGUAGACGACCGACCCUUUAGUUGGAUCCCGUUGGUUUGUAUCCUAUCAAAUGUCAGUGCCAGCAUGUUGGGUAUGGUUCCUUUACCUUGGAUGAUGAUCGGAGAGCUGUUCCCGUUGAAAGUUCGUGGUUUUAUGGGAGGUCUUGUACCGUCGUUAGCAUAUUUUUUCAUAUUUAUCACGGUAAAAAUAUCUCCCGCCUUGAUGACAGCCCUGGAAACAGACGAAAUCAUGUGGUUAUUUGCCGGCGCGGCCGGUCUGGCAACGUGCUUUAUCGCCGUUUUCUUGCCGGAGACUAGAGGUAAAAGUUUAAUGCAAGUAGAAAAACUGUUCAGCAAGGACAAGACGGAGAAUACAGAAAAAUUAGAAGAAAGUUUCAAAUCCAAAGAGCAGUUGUAUUCAAUCAGUACGGUAGUCGACGUACGUCCCAAAUAGCACAUGAAUGGUCAGAAACAAAGAAGUCCUUAACGCAAAAUGUUUGGUAACAUUCUACCUAUGGCUGUGGUUAGUAUUAGUCUAUGAAAGAUAUAUAUAGAGAGAGAGAGCAAUAGAAAACUACACCUACAGCAAGUUUUCGUCAAAAGGCGUAUAACCGUCAUUCCACGGAGAGAUGUACCCAUACGCAUGUCUUCUAUUUUAAAAUAACCAGAACGUGUUUAUCACAUCUUUCCACCAAGGUUGACACAUCAUGUGUUUACGUGAACUUCUAAUCUGUGUAUAACGAUUUCGACGUGUCAAUUUGAAGACAAAUAUGCCCGUAAAUUUCUGAAGACAUUUUUUUUUACCAUAAACAAUAAUACUGUCGAACAAAAGCACAGAGUAUAGUAUUUCCUAACACGAACCCGCUAUUUUCUAAUGCAGCGCACAAAAUUAUUGUACAACCAAUUUUCACUCAUAGUUUGUACAACAGCUCAUUAACUGUGAAAAUAAAGUCCAAUUUUAAUAACAUUUUAUUAGACCAAUCUUACAAUUAUUAUCUUAUUUAAUAUUUAUAAUUAUUUAUCGAUUUAUUUAUUAAAUAACAAUAGUGUCUGAAUUGUAAAUACAACCAACAUGUGAUAUUAUUUUAUUUUAU